AUGAGUACAACAGAAGAACCUAUAGCGCCAACUGAGGCCGGAGCUCCUGAUGCCCGAGAGCAAAUGUCAGCAGAGCUUGGCAUGAUUGGCGACAUUUCCGAGACUAUUGAAGAGGGAGAAGAAGACGAGGAAUCGGAGGAGGAAGAAGAAGAGGUGCCAUCGCCAGCAGCAGCAGCUCCUGGUGAAGCAGCCCCGACUGAAGCUGCUACAGCAGAGGGCGCCAACGAAGAAGAUAAACCGAAAAAGAAAAAGAAGAAGAAAUCAAAGGGUGCCAAAUUUAUGAAUAAAAUGGCACAACCUGGUGUGUUCAUGGCUAAACAAGCUCAAAAGGGUGUGGAAACGAUGGUCAUUAAUCCC